AUGGGAAUUCAGGAGCCGAUAAUUCGAAGCUAUGAUGGGGUGGCUGACAGAGGCAGAGUGGAAGAUCUCGAACGAAGAUGCGAAGUAGGGCCAUCUGAGCGUGUGUUCCUCUUCACAGAUACGAUGGGUGACCCCAUAUGUAGGAUCCGAAACAGUCCGAUGCACAAGAUGCUGGUGGCCGAGCUGGACAACCAGUUGGUCGGGGUCAUCCAAGGCUCUAUAAAGUUGGUCACAUUUCAUCCCAACAAGCCACCACCUAAAGAUCAAGCCAAGGUAGGCUACCUCUUAGGCCUGAGGGUCUCGCCGCAGUACAGAAGAAAAGGGAUUGGUUCGAGCCUCGUGCGUCGAUUAGAAGAAUGGUUCGUUUGCAAUGAUGUAGAUUAUGCAUACAUGGCCACGGAGAAAGAUAACCAGGCCUCAGCCGGGCUUUUCAUGAACAAAUUUGGCUACAUCAAGUUCAGGACCCCGGCCAUUCUUGUGAACCCGGUUCGCUACAGGCCGUGUCGGGUGUCGUCGGGUGUCGAAAUUGCAAAGCUGAGGAUUGAGGAAGCUGAGUAUCUGUACAGAAAGUGUAUGGCUUCCACUGAGUUUUUUUCACAUGACAUAGAUAAAGUGCUUGGAAAUAAGCUGAGUUUGGGGACUUGGGUGGCUUAUCCAAGAGGAGAUGGGUUGAGGGUUGGAGAUUUUGGGUCAAAUGGUGAUGAGGUGGUGCCUAGCAAUUGGGCCAUGCUUAGUGUAUGGAACAGUGGGGAGCUUUUUAACCUGAGGCUAGGGAAAGCACCCUUAUCUUGCUUAAUGUAUGCAAAAAGUUGGAAAUUGAUGGAUAGGUUUUUACCCUGCUUUAAAUUACUGCCUUCCAUGCCUGAUUUUUUUACCCCUUUUGGGUUUUACUUCAUGUAUGGCUUGCACCAUGAAGGACCCUCGUCAGGGAAAUUGGUGAGGAAUUUGUGCCGGUUUGUGCACAACAUGGCUGCUAAUAGUAGUUCAGAGUAUAGCUCUAAGAAUUGCAAGGUUGUAGUGACAGAAGUUGGGGGCGGUGAUCCAGUGAAACAUUACAUACCACAUUGGAAAUUGCUCUCUUGUUCUGAAGAUUUGUGGUGCAUAAAACCCUUGAAAAAUGAUAGCCUCCAUGAACUGACAAAAACCCACCCAACAAAAUCUCUUUUUGUAGACCCAAGAGAGGUAUGA